GGCCUUUCCACUGACUUGGUAGAUCUCCAAAAUCCGGACACACUCGGACACAGCGCCUUCGGUUGCAAACAGGAUCUGAGAAAGUUGUUGAAAUACUGUGAAAUGGCCUUCUUCACAAAGAAAUGUUCCUCCACCAACAAAAAAGAGCCAGAGAAUGUCAGCAGUUUCUCUGAGGAACAAGAACUACGGAUCGUCCUCGUUGGGAAGACGGGAGCAGGAAGAAGUGCCACAGGGAACACUAUUUUGGGUGAAGAGAAGUUUGAGUCCAAGCUUACAUUAAAGCCAGUAACCAAGAGUUGUAGCAGAGAAGUUCGGGAAAUCAGGUGGAAUGGGAAGCAAGUGGUGGUCAUCGACACUCCGGGUAUUUUUGACGCCAGCCUUGAGCGAGCGCAGAAUUGCCAAGAGACCCAGAAGUGCCUCUCACUGUGUGGAACAGGUCCCCACGCCCUGGUAUUUGUGACUCAGGUGGGCCAUUUCACCGAGAUGGACAAUUCGGUUGUGAAGAGGGUGGAGAAGACUUUUGGCAAGGAAGCUACGCAGAAGACGAUUGUCCUAUUCACCCACAAAGAAGACUUAGGCACGGAAAGCCUGAGCUCACAUGUGGAGCGCUCAGGCAACGCCCUCCUUCAGGAUUUGGUCAGGAAGUGUAAGAACCGUUGCUGUGCUUUCAACAACAAGGCAACAGGAGAUGAAAAGAUUGUCCAAGUUGGUGAGCUGCUGUCUCAGAUUGUGAGGAUGGUGAAGGAGAACCAGGACAACCCGCAAACCAAGAAAUGUCCAUGGAGCCCUACAAGGAAGGCAGCAGAAAGGAAACCAGGGGGACCUUCAGGGAGCAACGUAAAGGAUCCUAAAGAAGCAGAGAGAUCCGGGGAAGAGCCAGACAAUUUCCGCAGUUUCCCCGAGAAACAAGAACUACGGAUUAUACUCCUUGGGAAGACAGGAGCAGGGAAAAGUGCUACAGGGAACACUAUUUUGGGUGAAGAGAAGUUUGAGUCCAAGCUUGCGUUAAAGCCGGUGACCAAGACUUGUUGCCGGCAGGUUCGGGCAGACAGGUGGAAUGAGAAGCAAGUGGUCGUCAUCGACACGCCUGGUAUUUUUGACGCCAGCCUUGAGCGAGCGCAGAAUUGCCAAGAGACCCAGAAGUGCCUGUCACUGUCUGGAACAGGUCCCCACGCUCUGGUAUUUGUGACUCAGGUGGGCCGUUUCACCAAGGAGGACCAUUCAACUGUAAAGGGAGUGGAGAAGACCUUUGGCAAGGAGGCCACAAAGAAGAUGGUUGUCUUAUUCACCCACAAAGAAGACUUAGGCACAGAAAGCCUGAAGGCAAAUAUACAGCAUUCAGGCAACAGAGCCCUUCAGGACUUAGUCAGAAGUUGUAACAACCGCUGCUGUGCUUUCAACAACAGAGCAACAGGAAAUGAAAAGGCCGUCCAAGUUGGUGAGCUGCUGACUCGGAUUGAGGAGAUGGUGAAGGAGAAUCUAGAGAACUUACAGUCCAAAAAGUCUCCAAAGAACAUGGCAGGGAAGCCAGCAAAAAAGAAUGGAUGAAUCUCUUGCUUUUAGUUUUUCUGGGUAUCUCAUUUUUCCAAAGUUUGUUUGUCCCAAAUUUUGAGAAUUUUUGCAUGAAAAUUCAUGCAUUUCUGGUGUGCAUUUCUCUUAAUACUGUCGUUGUUGUUAAAAAUUCUAUACUGCCUGAUAGCCAAAGCUCUCUGGGCAGUUUACAAAAGAUUAAAACCUU